AUGAAGAAAGGCAAGUCGAGCUCGGGCAGUAAGGUGGAGAGGAAAACGAUCGAAAAGAUUCGAAGGAAUUUGAUGAAGAAUCUUUGCUCAAAGCUGGUUUCCAUCAUCCCCGAUGACCAUUUUAAUCCAGGAAAGGAGUUAUUGUCCCAGCAAGACCAGCUGGGAAAAGCCACUGAGUACAUCAAGCUUCAAACCGAAAAAAUCGAGAACUUGAAAAAGAAGAAACAAGAGAUGAUGAUGGCUCAUCACACCAAAACCAUAAUUGGUAGCUCAUCAACUAACUUUCCUCCGACUAUGGAAAUUGUCGAGUCGGGCUCGGGCUCGAGCUUGGAGGUGGUCUUGAUUACUGGGCCCACCCAGAAUUUUGUGGUGGGCCAAGUGAUUGGCAUACUUGAAGAAGAAGGAGCUCAAGUUGUCAACAGUUGGUUUUCCAGUGUUGGUGAAAGGAUUUAUCAUACAUUCCAAGCUCAGGUGAUCAUUAUAAUUAUCAUAUUCUAG